AAGCACAACGACCAUUUUACUUCCCCCUCUCUACAUGUUUUGUAUGGGUUUUUAUGGUGUUACGCAAUACAUAACUGACAUGUUGUUACUGCAGGAGACAAAGUUGGAAUAUAAUUGUGAGUGUGGCUGCAACACAUCAGUCAGGCGCUCCACCUUUCUAACCCUGCCCAGAUACCUGAUUAUACACCUGAAGAGGUUCAGGUUCAGUCCGUCACUAGAGGUGGAGAAGCUGCAUGACCCCGUAGUCCUUCAGCCCUUCAGGGAGCUGAUGGUGACUACCAGCCAGGCUGAUGGCUGGUACAAACUGAUUAGUGUCAUCAGCCAUUUAGGCUAUAACUGGAACAGUGGACACUACAGCGAGUGCGUAAACCUGGGGUAGGAUGCCGCAUAUGACCGAUGGCUCUGCUAUAGUAAUGCCAAGGUUGCCAAGACAACUGGUGCUGCCGUUUGUAUCGUUUUCUACCAAAGAUCGAUGUAGGCCGGUCUGGCAAUGGUGGGACCUUCUGAUGACGUACUCCCUGGAUCAAACCAACAAAGACAGCAC